AUGUACGGAUACGACUCGGUAACUUUGGUACCUCGCAGCCUUACAGCAUCCCCCUCAAGCGUCAAGGGCCCUGCAUGGCCUCAAGAAAUGCACCAUGAACUUGUCUAG